AAGUCAGACAUUUGAUUCAUCCACAUUUGACCUGAUCUUUCGGGAGCAGUUGCUGCAGCAAGCUGCGCUCGCUCGCGUGACUUGUUUGUUGGCUACCAUGAAUAAGUCGGAUGCAUGCAGACUACUGCUGCUGGCUAUCACACGAUCGAGCGGCCAAUACUUUUUACCACUUCUCUACUACUACACUUGCUUUCACUUUACAUUUCACAUCAACUCAACCAUCGUCCGCGGGAGCGAGGAUACUUGGAUGAGCGGUCCGGAGAAGGAGCAAGUGCGAUGCGGUCUGUCCCUUUCUCGGGAAUGCUGAGUAGCUGGAGGAGCCAAGAGCUGAUGAGAAGAGUCACAGCAGUCACGAGUGCGCGGGUACGGAUGGAUGUUCCCGAUCGCGAGCCCCAGCUCAGCUUACCAAACGCAGGCGGGGCACAGCCUCCGCCAUGACCAGCAUCUCAUCGCUGCUGCUGCGCACCAGCAGCUAGAAUAUCUGUGCAGCUGCAGCAGAUCUCAUCGCAUAUGCAUACAUGCAUGCAUGCAUGGCUGAUGGCUGAUGGCUGCAUCAUGGGUGCUGCAUGAUCCUG